AUGAAGCGCGCACUCACAGCCGCAUCCAGGAGACUUUGGGCCCUUGCCACUCAAGUUGCGAAGUCAGCCCUCACAGCUGACCAAGCGCGUGACAAAUCCACAGAACUUCUGGAGAAAGGUAAAGUACUACUUGAUGCAUUGACCUUGCCAGAGGUGACACUCAACACGGAGUUGAUGGCAAAGAUUACCGCUGUCAAGUCCUACCAAGACGUGUUGAUCAACAUUGCGGACAAGGAUUUGCAAGAGCAAAUGUCUGGCCUCAAGGACCAAAUUAAGGCCACAGUUGAGGAGAAGAUCUGUCCAGCCGAGAUCAUGUCAGAGUUCACAGGUUGGCUGUCCUUGCAGUGGCAGCAGCCACCAGAGUCGGCAGAUGAGACUUCUUUGCUGUUGGCUUCUUCAGACAAGCUCAAAGACUUUUGGUCCAACUUGUCAAUCAAAGGACUGGGGGUUGAAAGUGCGACCUGGUAUCAGUUGGUGAUCAUUCUGGAGAAGCUGGAGGCAUUUGAAAAACAUGAGUCCUCGAAGCGGAUGUUUGCUGCACUGACAUUGCGACAUGAGUUGGAUCAACAGUGCCGGAAGCUUCGGUCCAACCCAUCUUGGGCAGAGGCGUUGAAGGGUGCCACAGGAAGACUUGAUCUCCUGACAGAAGAGAUUGGCUUCUCACUCCUCAAGAGUGCUGCACAGAACAGUGGUGAAAAGGAGGCUUACAAGAUUUGUCAGGGCUUCCCGCAUUGCCAUGGAAAGCUGGCGUCGUGUUUCGAAAUCUUGGCAAAAGCCAGCACUUUCAAGGCCAUUUCUGAGGAGCGCAUCUCAGACGACAUUGCGGGUUUGGCCAAGUGCAUGGGUGAGAUUGUGGCUGUGGCUUCCACAGACUCCACUUUGCUUGCGGCCAUGCUACCUUCCUGUGGCCCAGCUCACAAGGCCUACUUGGACAAGGUCUUGGACGUGCUGAAAAUUGAUCUCGAUGACACGUCCAUGAAGCUCUCUGAUUGGAGUGAAAGCCUCGCACGCUUCAGGCCAUCGAGUUGA